AUGGCGAGACUCCUGAAGACCAACGCCAAGGCUCAGUUCAUUGAUGUCACUCAUGCCAAGCCAGCAGUGGCCACCCAAUUUCUUGAGCAGUCUGACUGGGACGUUGAUGCUGCCUUGAGGGAAUACUACAACCAAAACCCGCCACAGGAUCCGAAAGUUGGCGAGAUCUUCGAUAAAUACAAAAGCCCCGAGAACCCUGACCUAAUUCUGAUCGAUGGAACCUUGGAGUAUUUGAGCGAUUUGGGAUAUGACCCAGAGGAGCUCAAGAGUUUGAUUGUUGCAUAUGUUUUAGAGAGCCCUCAGACGGGUGAGUUCCACAGAAACGCCUUUGUCCGUGUGUGGCUGACGCUAUGUGUCAAUACCAUUCAGGGUAUGCGCCAGUACAUCGACGAGAAACAACUGCUGAUGGAAAGGUCUGUCGAGGAGUUCGAGCCUUUCUACCAGUUUGUGUUUGAGUUCGUCAGAGGCUCUGACUCAAGGAUCAAGGUGAUUGGCUUCGAGGAGGCCAUUAUUUAUUGGCAGAUGCUCUUGGAUCUGCGGUUCCCUACUUCUGGUCAAAGACUACAACAAUGGUACGAGUUUGUCCAGGAGACCAAAAAGAGUAUCACGCGAGACUCCUGGAACAUGUUUUUCAAGUUUGUGGUGCAAGUGAUCGAGAAUGACCCCCUGUCAUUAUCAGCAUACGACGAAACCAGCGCAUGGCCCUCUGUCGUGGACGAGUUCAUGGAAUGGCUAGAGGAAUCUGGCAAACUACAGAAAAGCGAAGACGUGGUAAUGAUGAAUUGA